GAUCCACGCGGUGGGCCCCCGGGCGGGGGACAGGUGGGGUCUAAGCCGGGCGUCGCAAGGGCUCUGCCUUCUUACGGGGAAUCUCCGCUCGGGCUCCGGCCAGGGGAGGCGGCUCCGGAGGGGCAGGCGGGCUCCACCCCCGGGCCGGCCGCGCGCCCGCGCCUCCCAGUUCCCGGAGCCCGAGUAGGGACUCGAGGUGGUGGCGGCGGCGGCUCCGCUCCCAGCUGGGCGUCUGGGCGCGGGGCCAGGACGGGAGGGGAGCGGCGGCGGCGCCGGGCGGCGGAUAGCGCGGAGGGCGGCGGCCUGGACCCGCCGAGCCAUGGCGGCCCCGGAGCCGGUGCCGAGGCGGGGCCGGGAGCGGGAGCGGGAGGACGAGAGUGAGGACGAGAGCGACAUCCUGGAAGAGAGCCCGUGCGGCCGCUGGCAGAAGCGGCGGGAGCAGGUGAACCAGGGGAACAUGCCUGGCGUCCAGAGCACCUUCCUGGCCAUGGACACGGAGGAGGGAGUGGAGGUGGUGUGGAACGAGCUGCACUUCGCUGACAGGAAGGCCUUUUUGGCCCACGAGGAGAAGAUCCAGGUCAUGUUUGAGCAGCUGGCGCUGGUGGACCACCCCAACAUUGUCAAGCUGCACAAGUACUGGCUGGACGCCUCGGAGGCCCGAGCACGGGUGAGCCGUGGGCACACCACGGGGAGGGGGCACCGGUGGGUGGGGAGGUUGUGGGCACCCACCGUUGGUGGAGCCCGUGAGCCUGCCGCCUCGCAGGUCAUCUUCAUCACAGAGUACGUGUCAUCGGGCAGCCUCAAGCAGUUCCUCAAAAAGACCAAGAAGAACCACAAGGCCAUGAACACCAGGUCCGUCCGCCGCCAGGCCUGGAAGCGCUGGUGCACGCAGAUCCUGUCCGCGCUCAGCUUUCUGCACGCCUGCAGUCCCCCCAUCAUCCACGGGAACCUGACCAGCGACACCAUCUUCAUACAGCACAACGGCCUCAUCAAGAUCGGCUCUGUGUGGCACCGGAUCUUCUCCAAUGCUCUCCCAGACGAUCUUCGAAGCCCCAUCCGUGUUGAGCGGGAGGAACCUCGGAACUUGCACUUCUUCCCGCCAGAGUACGGAGAGGUUGCCGAUGGCACUGCCGUGGACAUCUUCUCUUUUGGGAUGUGUGCGCUGGAGAUGGCUGUGCUGGAGAUCCAGGCCAAUGGGGACACCCGGGUCACAGAGGAAGCCAUCGCUCGCGCCAGGCACUCUCUGAGUGACCCCAACAUGCGGGAGUUCAUCCUCUCCUGCCUGGCCCGGGACCCUGCCCGCCGGCCCUCCGCUCACAGCCUCCUCUUCCACCGUGUGCUGUUUGAGGUGCACUCGCUGAAGCUCCUGGCCGCUCACUGCUUCAUCCAGCACCAGUACCUCAUGCCUGAGAACAUGGUGGAGGAAAAGACCAAGGCGACGGACCCGCACACGGUCCUGGCAGAGAUCCCCCGGUCGCCCGGGCCCCCGCUGCAGUGGCGGUACUCAGAGGUGUCCUGUCUGGAGCUUGACAAGUUCCUGGAGGACGUCAGAAACGGGAUCUACCCACUGAUGAACUUUGCUGCCGCUCGGCCCCUGGGGCUGCCCCGUGUGCUGGCCCCACCCCCCGAGGAAGCCCCAAAGGCCAAGACCCCGACGCCAGAACCCUUUGACUCAGAGACCAGAAAGGUGAUCCAGAUGCAGUGUAACCUGGAGAGAAGCGAGGACCAGGCGCGCUGGCAUCUCACGCUGCUCCUGGUGCUGGAGGACAGGCUGCACCGGCAGCUCUCCUACGACCUGCUCCCAACCGACAGUGCCCAGGAACUGGCCGCCGAGCUGGUGCACUACGGCUUCGUGCACGAGGACGAUCGGCCAAAGCUGUCCGCCUUCCUGGACAGCACCUUGCUCAAGUGCCGCGGAGCUCAGCCGUGAUCCUGAUCCCGCCUCAGCGCUCCAGCUCCCCAGCCCCCCGGAACCAGACCUGGUGGCCCCCGUGGGGCAGCUCGGCAUUGGGCCCGGCGUCUGGGUGGGGGACCAGGGGCCCCCUCUGCCUGUGUGCCUGCUAGUGAGGAACCUC